CGCCCUUGGUCUAGGCCGGGGCACCGGUUGCCGUGGUAACCGGAAAGCCCGUCUCUCCUUGGGAAGAGGCUCCUCUCCUCCUCUGCCCCCUCCCAUCUCCCUCCUCUCUCCCCUCCCCCGGCACCCGGAGCGCUGCAGCUCGCUUGAAACUAACAUGGCCGAGCCCCCCGGCCGGCGACAGCGGCUCCAGUGGCUCCGGCUUCUGCUCCAGCUCUGGGCUCUGGCCGGGGGUGGGGGCCCCUCACUGAAAUCAUAAACCCGAAAAAAAAUUUUAUAAUUCCUCAACCAGUCACUCCGACCGAAAUCCAGCAAGUUAAAAAACAACAAAAACGAGGGGUGGGGAAGAGAAAGCCCCCAACCCUACUGUAGCAUGUGGAAACUGAACAAGAGCAAAGUGCUUCUGGAUGAUUCUCCCGAGGAAGAGGAGAGCCGGGGAGAGGGGAAAACGCUGCCGCCGCCUCCGGCCGCCUCGGCCACCGCCUCCUCUCAGAACAAGGACCAGUUACUUCAAGAUGAAAUUACCUCUUCAGUGUCUCAACUUGCCACCAAGGUUCAGGGAGCCAGUUUCCGAGGUUGGAAGGAAGUGACCUCAAUGUUUAAUAAAGAUGAUGAACAACAGCUAUUAGAAAAAUGCAAAUCUCCAAAGUUUAAAGGAACUAACUUAAGAGUAAAAGAAGAUGUGAAGACUGAAAAGAAAUCCGGAUUUUGGGACAGUUUGGUGUUAAAACAGAACAUGCAAUCUAAGAAACCAGAUGAAAUCGAGGGAUGGGAGCCACCUCAGAUUACUCUUGAAGAUCCAGCCACUGAUCUAGGUGACUCUUCUAGGGACCAUCUCUCCUGGCCAGGUUGGGAAGAUGAGACUAAAGGUUCUACUAAAUACACCAACCUGACCAGCUCAGGAAACAGUUCCAAGUGGAGUAUUAAAUCAGCUGGAAAACUGGUCAGCAUUAGACGGCAAAGCAAAGGUAAUCUUACUGAUAACUGGGAAGAAUUAGAAUGAUAAUAGCAAUUUGAAAUACUUCAUAAAUGAAAAUGUUCCUUGAUGUCUAUGUAUAGUCAAACCAAAAUUUGCUCAAUAUUGCACCUGUAUGCUUAGUUUUGUUCAGAUUCUUAAACAUUUUUCUGUUAUUUUUAAUUAUUAUAUCAACAGAUGAUUGAUCUGUUUUCUUCAUUUAAAAAAGAAUAGAAAACCCUCUUUUGUGCCUAUUUUUCUCAUUUGGAUUUUUCCAGUAUGUCAGAUAGAUGAGGUAACCAAAAAUACUGUAUUUAUGUAGUGAAUGUAUAUACUGGUUUUGAAUUUGACUGCCUUAUCCAGAAACUUCUAGGCUCUUGGGAUCCCAAGGCUUCUGAAGCUACAGAUGUUAAUUUUGGAUGACUUCCCUAAAAAAGCCAGUGUUGAUUUGUAAUUUGCCACAAAACUCUUUUCAUGCCAUAGUAAUAAUUCCUAGGAUUUUUGUCUGAGAAUCUUCUUUCCUUGUUUUUUAAUUAGUCAUUCUGUUUCUGUUUUUGUGUUGUAUGAAAUAUGAGACUGUAGCAGUUGUAUAAUUCUCUUCCAUUGCCAGAAAUUGGCAGAGUCAAUAAGUCUUCCAAAGGUUAGGCUAAAAGUUAUUUAAUUUAGCAAAAAUUUAAAAUUUGCCAUUUGAAAAAAAGAAAAAAACACUUGGUUAAAAAGUUAAACAGGAAAGUAAAGGAUUGUAAUUUAGUGCAAAAUGUCAAAUAAAAUAUAUUCAUGCAAUGCCUGUGGAGAAAUAGCUUCUAGUUUGCACAUGAAUAGUAAUGAUUUUGGUUUUGUUUUGGUGUUAUUUUUCCUUAGUUCUCCUUCUUGACUUUUAAAUAUUGAUCUUAUUUUUAAAUUAUUUAUUCUAAAAAGUCACUGAGCUUUUAUGGUGUCAGAGUAACUAAGGAAUUAUAGAAUGUGUGCUAACUACGUGUCUUGGUACUCUUAAUUUUAGUUUGGAAAUUAAAUUGUUAUACUUCUGUUCUUUAUAGAUUUCAAAAUGUAUAUAAAAACUGAAAGUGCCUCUUUUUUCUAUUAUAACCACAGAUUUGGGUUUAAUUUUCAAAAUGAUAUUCUUAAUAUAAUGGGUGUUAGUUACAUCUUUUCUUGUAAAAAUGCCUAUUUUUAGCAGAAAAAUAAUUUAUGGCUGAUCCAUUAUUAUCACUCUGAAGUUAUUUCUUGAAGUAGAAAAUGUUUUAAAUCUCUAAACUUUAAUGUUAUCUUUAACUAUGGGCUCACGUCAGGUGUCUUUAGCAAUAUGCCACGUCUCCAGGGAUGCUUAGAUAUCUCUUUUAUCUGAAUCACCAACUUGUUUGAGGAGAAAAAAAGCCACAGCUUUUAUUGGUAAAGAAUAGUUUUUUCUUGUCUCCCCCCCCCCCCCCAGGGAGGUUAUGUGCUUCAAAACAAAUGCAAUUUACCAACAUUGUUAUACUGCACUCUCCCUGUCCCCUACAAAUCACAUAAUUCAAUUGUGCUUCAGUGCAGUUCAGUUUUAAAUGGAUGUUCCAAUGAACAUCUCCAUGGAAUAUCUGAACAUAUCUGAUAGUUAAACUAUUAAGUAGAUAGAGAAUUUUUAAAAAAUACUAUGCUUUAGGAAAAAAGUUUUUCUUUGACAAGAAUAGUCAAAAGGAUACUGUGUUUUAAAAAGGUAUGUGAAAUAAUUUUAUUUAGGUUUUUUGUUCUUAAUGUAAUAAAAAGCUAUGUUAAUACUAUGCUACUUAGCCUUAUUGAGGAAGAAAAAUAAUUUGCCUCAGGUAAAUAAAUCUGUUUUUUGUCUCCUUCUUUGCAGCAGUGUUUGGUAAAAUUACAUAAGGAUAUAGUUCAUAAUUUAUAGAUCAUUUCAUAGUUUAUUUUAAAAAAGUUUAAGAUUAGGAGCAGUGUUUUGACAUGUCUUCAGCUAAUGCUGACACAAGACAAUAGAAACAAGUCAAUUGAAAACCUUAUAACAACCCUUUAGCUGGGGAAAAAGGUCAGGAAAUGCCAUUAUGGUUUUCCUUUUAUUGUGAGGUCUGUUAUAUCAUGACCAGUAUGCAUCACUAUGUCUUGCAUAGUUUAUUGUCAAGUGCCUCUAUUUCACCUGAAAUAGCCCUGUAUAAUUAUGAACAAUUUCCCCAAAUCUGAAUUAUUCUGGAGUUAAAACUGUAUUUGGAUCAGAAUUUUCUGUAUAACUUAUCUGAAUUUUUCUUUCCUACAGAUGAAACAAAUUAAAGUAAAAUAUUAAUGUUUUCUGUUAUAAUUGUGUCUGCUUUAAGGUAGAAUGUAUCUGUUGUGAUUUUAAGAUAAUUAUUUAUUAUAUUUUGUAGCAUAAUUUCUUUUGAAGAAAGUUUCACUAAAGUGAGUUUUUCUUUUGUUCUUUUCAUAGGCAUUUCAUUAAAUCUCUUACCCAGAAAAUAUUGAGGCCUUAGUUUGGGGUUUAAAUGUUUAUAUACCCUGAAUAUGAUCAGGAGUACUGAUCAGGAGUACUGGAUGCAUGGAAUAGGGAUGCUAUUUAACUCCUUAAUGCUUUGUUUGAUUUUGAUGAGAAAUUGGUCAUGCUUCAUAAAAGAUAUAUUAAGAAUGAAUUUUGAGGUUAUACAAAAAAUAAAAUUUACUUAAAUCUUUUCCCCAUUGCCAAUUUGCAUGAUUAUUGGCUUUUGCUCAAGUUAAUGUCAGAUGACUGUAAUUAGUCACACAGUGACGACUUUUUUUUAGCCUCGUUUUCAAAUGCAAAUAAUACUUGUAGAAUUUUCACAUAAAUAAAGAAAUAAUUUA